AGGCCCCUCUGAGGGGGGAGGAAGUUUGAAGACGACCCGCGAGCUGCAGGAGUCUCACAACUUUUCACAGCUCGCUCUGAUUAAGUUAAUCUUCCUCGGGUCUUCGUUUGUACGGAGUUGAGUCGUGCUUUUAUAUGUUUCAUUUUCAAAUCGAAGGUUUUUUUUCUGUUGUGGUGUUUGUGCUCGGAUUCGGUUGCAAUCAGCGAGCCUAAUUACCGCCCGGUCAACGAUAUUUCCAGCGGGUAGCCGGGCAUCCUUUCCGGGGAGAGUUUCGCAGUAACUCCGCUGGACUUUGCAACCAAACAGACGGUGAAGAAAUCUGCUACCUGGAAGUAUUACUCUUUCGCAAUCUGCGUUUUACUCACUGGAGUUUUGCAACUAUUUUUAGCUAGAAAUGGUUGGCAGGUUAAACUUGCCAAAUGUAUGUGAAGGAGAUACACUGGAUAUGAGCUGCAGGAGUGACCGAGGACUCGACAGCCCGGACUCGGGGCUACCUCCGAGCCCCAGUCCCAGCGCCUGGCUGCUGCCUGUGUGUGCGGAGAAAGCCGGGGCCGUGAGCCCGCUGUCCGAGGAUGAGGGAAAGGGAUCCCUGGUUCCAGUUUUACCCUCUGGACCUUUCCAACAGCUACAGCCAUCAUCCUUUGGGGAAGGCAUAGCACUUGAUCCAUUACCACCAAAGGAAAUCAGAUACACUUCAUCUGUGCACUAUGACUCGGACCGCCACUUCAUCCAGGGUGUAGCCCUGCAGCCCACAGGUCAGGGCCUUGAGCACUGCAGGCAGACCAUCAUGGCCAUGCCAAACAGCACCUGGCGCCACUACAAGACACAGCUGGAUUUCCAGCCUCGCCAUCGGCUCCAGCAAUUCAAAAGCACCACCAUCAUCUACCCCAAGAAAACCAGUGCCAUCUACACUACGGAGCUGAGCUAUGACUGCCACAGAAUAUCCAGGCGCUUCCUCUCUAGCGUGGAGCUGGAGGCUGCAGGUCGCAGAGAGAUACCUCAGUGAGGAUGGAGACAGGUGGCUGAUGUUAUUCCCAUGGCUCCUUCUACUGUAGCUUCCCAAGGGCUGGCUGCCUCUGAUCUGCUGUGUUGUCUUUUUAAUGUUGUGUAGCCUCUAGACUGUACAGAAAGUACAUGUGCUGUGAUAUUACAGCAUAUCGGAUAUGGACAAAGUUGGCAAAAUAUCUACUCAUGCUCUUCUACACAUGUUCAUUUUUCUGCCAGAGGAUGAUCUAUAAGUUGGAAAUACUUAAUUCAGCAGUGUGUUAGUUCCCAGAGGCAUGCUCACAUUCAGUUGGUUAGUAUUGACUGUGGAGUUGACUCAUUUAGUUAAAGCUAAGGAGAAUAUAUUUAUUGCCUUCAGCAAAGACACUCUUAGUGUCAUGAAGUUUGUAAAGUUUGCAGAUGGAUUGAUUUUAGAUUUUAAAUAGAAGGCCUGUCUUAGUCUGAUGAGUGUGUUUAUAAUCCUAGAAAUGUGUGUGUUUGAAGCCACUAAUGUAAAAUAAGGUUUAAAGCAAGUAGUGUGUAAGAGGGAGGAAUAGAAAUGUAACGUAAUACAGAGUUUGGAUGAAUGCAGAUUCUCUCGCAUCAUCCACAGGAUGUGGUGAAAUAUAGCGUGUAGACACAGCUGGUUUCUUCACAGGGUAUUUUUUAUUUCUGCAACAUUAGAACAAACUUUCUCCAAGUCUUCUCUCAAGACAUUUGUUUAAGUCAUAAUUCAAAGAACUUAACUGUUCAGUGUGACACUAAAAACAAAGUGAUUUAGUAAGUAGUAUAGAUUUAUUCCAGUGUGGUAUUUGUUGUAGAGUUUGUAAUAUCAAUCAUCAGCUUAGUAGUGAAAAUCACAAGCUGCAUUCCAGUUUUAUCACUUUCCUUGGCUGACAUGGUUUGAAAUUUUAUUUAUUCUGUUGAAGCUAUGAGAUUUUGUCAGCUCUCCACAGCCAUGGAAGGAUAUUUUUGAUGUUCUUUGUGCCCUGAUGAUGUAUCUUAUGUCGCAUUUUUUAUUAGUCACUUAUUAAGUGCCGGUUUGAAAUAAAGUCUUUAUAAGUCUA